GCGGCGUGCGCGCCGUGAGUCCCGCCGCCUUCUCCUCGGAGCCCCGAGCUGCCCGCCCCGCGGCGACUGCGCCGCCUGUGGCCCAGCGAGCCGCCCAGCCGAGCCGGCGCCAUGUGGACCUGCGGCCUGCCCAACGGCACCGGGAGGGGCGAGGACCCGCCCCUCUGCCAGCACUUCCAUCUGGUCCUGUCUGUCUGCUCCCUGCUCUACCUGGUGGUCGGCGUCCCGGUCGGCCUGGGCUACAACGCCCUGCUGGUCCUGGUCAACCUGCAAGACCAGAGCGGCAUGACCAUGCCCGACGUGUACUUCGUGAACAUGGCCGUGGCGGGCCUGGUGCUCAGCGCCAUGGCGCCUGUGCACCUGCUGGGCCCCAGCGCCUCGGGGUGGGCCCUGUGGGGCUUCGGCAGCGAGCUGCACAUCGCGCUGCUGGUGCUGUUCAACGUGUGCUCCCUGGUAACCAUGUACUCCACGGCCCUGCUCAGCCUGGACUGCUACAUCGAGCGGGCCCUGCCGCGCACCUACAUGGCCAGCGUCUACAACACCAGGCAUGUGUGUGGCUUCGUGUGGGGCGGCGCCCUGCUCACCAGCUUUUCUUCCCUGCUGUUCUACGUCUGCAGCCACGUGGCUGCCAGGGUCGUGGAGUGCGCCCAGAUGCGGCACACGCAGGCCGCCGACGCCAUUGUGGUGGUCGUCGGGUACCUGGUGCCCGGCCUGGCCAUGCUGCACGCCCUCGUGCUCAUCUCGCGGGUCCGGAAGGAGGACACGCCCCUCGACCGCGACUCAGGGCGGCUGGACCCCUCAGUGCACAGGCUCCUGGUGGCCACCGUGUGCACGCAGUUUGGGCUCUGGACGCCAUACUAUCUGACACUCCUGGGACACACAGCGCUGGCCCUGCGGGGGAAGCCCGUGGACGGGCAGCAGCUGGGGAUGCUGCUGUUCGCCAAAGACGUGUCCAGGUUCCUGGCCUUCUCCAGCAGUUCCGUGACGCCGCUGCUCUACCGCUGCAUCGACAGCAGCUUUCCCGGCAAACUGCGGCGCCUCAUAAAGAAAGUGCGCUGUGGCCGCCAGAGCUGCCCCACGGACCAGGCGGGGCUACAGCAGGUGCUGGCCUAAGCGCCUGGCUCCACAGGCCACG